CUGCGAGAUUUAUAUAUGAAGUAUCUAAGGUAGAACUGAAACAUAAUUUAUGCAAAACUGAUUAAGAUCAUAACGUGUUUCCGGAUACAUCUAUUUUAAUCGUGCGAUGUGACAAUAUUAUCUAAAGCUGUGGUUACAAUUGCAAUAAUAUCCAAACUGUACAUUCUAAUUGCAUAUAAUCAUCGUGAGGAAACAUUAUUACCAUAUGUACCGUGAUUAAAACUCCACCGCCGAUCAUAAUUCUCGAUUACAUACCGCUGUGGGCACGAGACCAGAAUGCUGUUUAUGUCAAUAUGUUCAAAUAUGGAUAAACAAAUAACAUUAACCCUUUCAGCAUGAUCGCAUAACGCCGCAAAACAUAUUCUGUAAUUAUCACACCAAUUUUUUUUUUCACAUUUAAUAAUCCACCGUAUUAUAAUUUACACAAAUAUGCAUAUUAUCAUUGCACAUGUAUAUGUAUGCGUCGUGAUAACAGCAUAAACAAUAAGCAUAGGGGUUUGCGGGACGCGGAGCAAAGAAGAUCCGUUCUUAUUUCAUGUCGCUACGUUAAUUUUUCGCCGAGAUAUAGCAUUAUAAAAAUCCGACGUACACGAGUCAUUUGUGAAUAAACGCGCCUGUGUGUGUGUGUGUGUGCAUACGUGUGACGCGUAACCGAUCAGCUGAUCAGCUGAUCGUAUAGUAGCGGGACAUUUACCGUUAUACACGUGCUUCGCGAGGAUUAGGUGAUUGCACUUGUCGACUAAUUCCGCCCUAGGUCGGGAUCGCUCGGCUUGCUGUCGGAUCGAUGUAAUUGUCAAUAUUUUCGCACAGGGCGCCACAGGGCGCAUCGAGUGUGCACAACGCGUAUGAAAUUAUGAAGAAUAAUAACAGACAUCCUGAAUCGAUUAAUCACAAAAGGAAAAUUAAUCCCUUCGAUACGGCAGCGUAAAGAAAGCGAAACCGGCCGGCGCGCCAAAUUUAUAGGUUAGGAUACUGUGCGUGUACGCCGUCCUUCAUAGCGAAAGGCUUAAAUUAUGGACCACGGGAAAUGUCGUAGGCAGGUAUAACGCCUCCCCGAGUCCGGGAAUGAUACCCAGCAGACUAAUAUCGGGAUAAGCCGCGGUAACGCCGCGCACAAUCGACACGCAACCGGCUCGAGGGUGAAUUUGGAAUCCGGAAUCCUGUUUGACCCGAGCGAGCCGAAUGGAUCGAUGUGUUGUCUCGUUAGACUAUUAUUUGUCUGGCCGUUAAAUAUUAAUGACGGCUAAAUUACAGGGGCGCGCAUCGGCGCCGUUUCUGCGGAAUUUUUCCGGCCUACGUCUUCGACGUAGCGUCGCGGCGCGAAAAACAACGACGACGCAGCCGCACUUGGACGCCGCCGCCGCCGCCGCCGAGGGUAAACUAUAUCCGGGCGUCGCGACGCUUGCGCGGGUUUCAUCGACGAUCAGCUGGCUGGAAGCGUUUAUCGAGUGAGAGCGAGAGGGAGAAACUUACGAGGGAAGGCGACGUGCAGGGACGGCGCCGGGAAAAAGCGAGACAAACAAAGCGCGAAGAAAGAAGGGAAGAGAGAUGCAUUCAAGCAUAACGUAAUAUUUAUUAACUAUCGUCGUCCGACGACGAGGAGGGCAGUGCCGACGAGCGUCUACACGCGUUUUUGGCAGCGUUUCCCCGUGGCUCGGCCCGUCAUCGCCGUCGUCGCCGACGUGCGCCGUAGUGCGCGCCAGUGCGCGGCCGUGCAGUGCUGCCGUGUCGGUCGUUCUGUUUGUCGGUCGGUCGUUCGGUCGGUCGAUAGAGGCACGCCGGCGGAAGGUGCGACGUACAUCCACUUCGAUGAGUCGUCCGCCCGUGCUUUAUAAUGCGGCGCGCCCGUUAUCGUCGUCGUGUUUCCUGUCCCUCCACCGCGUCGUCGUCGUCGUCGUCGUCUUUAAGUCGCCGCGGCCGCGCGUCGAUCAGACCUCGCGCACACCGCCGGGCGACGCUGUAAAGACUUGAGAACGUCCGUCCGCGGUAUUCGCGAGCGGUGCGUAAGACGAGCAGCGUCGCGCGACGAGCAACGCGCUCCCUCUCUCUCUCUUUUUCUCCCGUUCCCGUCAUCGUUUCAGUCAUCGUUGUCGUUUGCGACGCGUCACCCGAUUGCGUGCGACAAAUCGAGCUCAAAGUCGCGGAGUUUCAUCGUGAGUUCACACACGGCUUGCUCUGUCGCGCAGGCCGAGCCAGGCGUGAAAACAGUCAUCCCGCUGCCAAAAAAUCAGCUGCUUUCGACUCGUUACUCGGGGAUGCGGUCGCAGCUGCGUUUUCAUUCAGUCUUGGAGCAGAUGCGAGCAUCGGUGCCGACGCUGGCACACGGACGGACGUCUUUCGGUGCGAUCCCGCGCGAGAAGCAUGGUCCAUCAGCAUCAGCUAAUGUAGCACGCGACGUUUCUCGAGGCGAUGUGAGUCACGCUUAAUUAUUGGCUUUGACAUUUCAACGAUUUACAGCCGCGUAAUAGUUAUCAUCGCUCGUUUCGGUCCGUAUUAGCCGCGCAACCGGGUCCGCGGACCAAUCGUCGCGCCGCAGCAAUCAGUGUAUACAAACAAGACGGACGUUUUCCCCGAAGACAUUCUACUCGUGCGGCAUCUCGUCGCGAGAGUUAUAACAUUCAACCUAUUAGCUUUGAAAUAAGCGGGCGAAGGGAAGUAGGAUCAUUCGUCGCAGGGGAAAAGCUUUAUGUAAGAAGACUCGCACGGAGACAGAUGUUGGACGUGUCUGGCAGAAGGCCCUCGAGAUCGCUCUAUCGGCGCGCUGCAUAGUGCGACCCAGGGGAGCGACCACGUUGCGGGGUGACGUAAGGGGCAGGCGUUGCACGGGGAGUAACGGGCGACGGUGUGUGCGAUUGCACUCGCGAAGGGUAGCGGGCAACGUCGAGGUAAACCCGCCCCUGUCUCGCCGCCCUGUGCACGGCGGAAUCUAGGGGAGAGCUCAGUCGUUGAGGAACUUGGCGGAGCGUGCCGGGCGUGCUCGUCGUCGUGGCGGUUCCCUUCUGAUGGUACAGCGAGUAGUAUUAGUGAUUCAGCGGCGACGGACGAGCGCGGACGACGGCGCGGAUCGUCCACGACAGAAGCACCGCCGUCGUCGUCGGCGACGCGUCGCGCCGGUCGCGCCAUGGGCCGUCUCGCCCCGAUGAUCCUCCUCCUCCUCCUCGUCGCCGUCCUGUCGUGCUGUCCGGAAUGCGGUCGCGCCGCCGGUCUCGCACGCUUCCACGAUUAUGGCUCCGCGGAGCAGAUCCCGGCGGAGAAGCACACCGCGCCGCACGGGCCGCAGGCCGACGCCGGUGAUUUUCCCGGCGAUCCCUACGGCGCUUAUCCCGGCCUGGGCUUCGGGCCCAUGGGCCCGGUCGUCCGCUCGGUUCUGCCGAACGAUGCCACCCUGCGCAGCCUCUCGUCGGCCAGCGACAACGCCGGCGAGCCCGCUAAGGACGCGCAGCAGCCUGCCGCGCGUUCCAGCGACGACGCCACCGCCGUCCUCGCGCCCGGUGACGAGCACUCGCCGAAAACCGAGUACCACAUCAUCAGCGUCGAGUUCCCACGCGUUGAGACGCCCUUCCUCAUCGGGAUAUGGAUCUUCUUCGCCAGUCUCGCGAAAAUCGGCUUCCACAUGGCGCCCAAACUCAACAAGAUCUUCCCAGAGUCCUGCUUGCUGAUCGUCGUCGGCGUGAUCGUCGGCCUGCUGCUAUUCCAGGCGAGCAGCGUCCACAUAUCGCCGCUGACGCCCGACACGUUCUUCCUGUACAUGCUGCCGCCGAUCAUCCUGGACGCCGGCUACUUCAUGCCCAAUCGGCUGUUCUUCGACCAUCUCGGGACGAUACUCCUGUUCGCUGUCCUUGGGACUAUAUUUAAUACGAUGUCGAUAGGCGCGUCAUUAUGGCUAUUGGGGAAAGGCGGUCUUUUUGGCUGCGAGACGCCUAUUCUCGACAUGUUCCUGUUCUCGGCGCUGAUCAGCGCCGUCGAUCCCGUCGCGGUGCUGGCCGUCUUCGAGGAGAUCCACGUAAACGAGAUCCUUUACAUCGUCGUGUUCGGAGAGAGUUUAUUGAACGACGCGGUCACUGUCGUGCUCUAUCACAUGUUCGAGACGUACAGCGAAAUGGGCCCAUCGAGGAUCAUCUACACGGAUGUGCUGGCGGGUCUGGCCUCGUUCCUGGUGGUGGCAAUCGGCGGCACGCUCAUAGGUAUAGUUUGGGGUUUCGCCACUGGCUUCGUGACCAGGUUUACUCAUCAGGUGCGCGUGAUCGAGCCGAUCUUCAUAUUCGUGAUGGCGUACUUGGCAUACCUCAGUGCGGAGAUCUUCCACUUGUCCGGUAUAUUGGCGAUAACCUUUUGCGGUAUUACGAUGAAGAAUUACGUCGAGGCCAAUAUAUCGCACAAGUCUCACACGACCGUCAAGUACACAAUGAAGAUGCUGUCGAGUAGCUCGGAGACCAUAAUAUUCAUGUUCCUCGGCGUCGCCACGGUGAACAAUGCUCACAACUGGAAUACGUGGUUCGUCGUCAUGACGAUAGUCUUCUGCUCCGUCUAUCGGGUUGUGGGCGUAAUAGUGCUCACGGCGUUGGCGAACCAGUUCCGGCUGCACAAAUUGGACAAAGUGGAGAAAUUUGUGAUGUCCUACGGCGGUCUGCGUGGCGCUGUAGCAUUCGCCCUGGUGCUCCUUAUAGACCCGAGAUACGUGCCUCUGAAGCCCAUGUUCGUUACCACCACUAUCGCCGUCAUCUACUUCACCGUAUUCAUCCAGGGUAUCACCAUCAAACCGCUCGUGAAAAUCCUCAAUGUCAAGAGGGCCGAGAAGAGGAAGCCGACGAUGAACGAGAGGAUCCACGAGAGGAUAAUGGAUCACACAAUGGCGGGUAUCGAGGACAUUUUGGGAAAACACGGCAACUACCACGUGCGGGAUAAAUUUAAGCGAUUCGACAACAAAUUCAUCCGACCUUAUCUCGUGCGAAAUCACUGCGGCGGCGCCGAGCCGAAGAUUCUGGAAACCUACUCGAAGCUGGCGAUGAAAGAUGCGCUGGAUUACAUAAGAAGAAAUGCCUCCACCAUCGGCAACAUUAGCGGCACCGAAAGUAUGUCGGCGAUAUUCCGUAAUUACAGCAAUACCGGACAAUUCAAUGGGAGUCCCAGCUGCAGUCAGUUCGAGACGGGAUGGAAUAUCGAUUUGCAGGAACUGGAGUACAAUCCUUCUAAAAAAGAUCUGACGGACGCGAGAAUUCACCAUCUGCUCGCCGAGGAGCUUUGUAAACCGUACAAAAGGCAUCGGCGUUUGAGCUACAGCCGACACGCGGUGAACGAUCGCGAUCUCUCGACACAAGUCAAUUACAAAAUGCACAUGAAUAUCCGACGGAUGAUGGGAGAGCACAAGCACCGCCACAAACGCAGCAAGAAGUUGCUCAAAGACGGCAAACAGAACCACGUUAGUUUCCCAGAAUUUCAACAGCAGAACGGCUCGACAAAGUUAUUUACGCAAGAUUAUAUCAACGGCGUGCUGUACGAGCUAGAAAACGGCGAAAGCUCGAAACCUUCCAGCAAAGAAGAUUGGGAUUCGGCAAUCACGUUCACCGCGCGAACGUCUGAUUCGCCCAAUGUAAACGCGGACAAUCAACACGCUACCACCGCUACUACGUCGAUGGACACGAUAAAUUCGGACGAGGGAGAGUUGAAAAUAGGACGCGACGGCGCAGAGGGCUACAGGGUAACCACUCCCACGGCCACGGAAACCAUGUUACCGUGGAAACGUGAGGACGAUUACGAGUCGGGUCAUCCGAUCAAGCAGCACGAGUUCCCAGCGUGGUGCUCCAAUAAAGAAUACCUCGCCUACAGCUCGCCCUCCGCCACUUUCUUAGGUGGGAUCGAACAGCCAAAAGUCCAAUCCGUGAUUGGCCUAUUUCGACGCGAGAGCAUGUGUACGCCCGACAGUAUCGAUUGCCAAGAGACCGUCGACGAGGCGGACGAGACGGACGAGUACACCCCCGCAAGAAUGGAUUCCCCCGCGAAAACCAAGGGCAACCCGAGGAGGGUGCCUGCGAGGAGGGUGUCGAUGAUGGAGCUCGGCUUCAACGACCGGACGCAGUCGAUGGACAGGACGGACGACGGCUCUCAUUCCUUGCCAGAAUGCUGGAGUGCCCAGAGAAUGCGUCUUAACUCUUUCGCCUGCUCGCCCGCCCAAAUGCCGAGCCUGUCGACCGCCCUGAUCACAUCCUCCACAUCGGAGUCGUCGGAGGACGUGGAGGACGAGGAGGAGGAGAAGGCUUGACCCUUGGGGGCCGUCGCCGAGGAGCAGCCGUCCGCUUACGUGGACGUCGAGCGUCGACGGCGUCGGCCCUUCCGGCGACCACCGCGGCGUUCGUCAUUGCUUACCUCGCUCCUGCGACGCCCGAGUGCCCCCGUAUGAGAGUACCUGCCCUUGACAAGUCGCCUUCCGCAGGAAGAAUCUUGCGAGUCUCGGCCUGAAUCUCGUUAAUUUCGCCGCGUCUUCGUGAACCUGUAAAUCGAAGCGCUAUAAACGGAUUUCAGAUGGAACGACGCGCGACAAGAGACAGCGAAAAACGCGGUUGACGUUUUGAUUUGUUUUUUAUACGAAAGAAAGUUUAGAGAAAGAGAGAAGAAUUUAGGAGAAAAUUUUGAUUAGAAAAGGAUCACACGGAGAGAGAGAGAGAGAGAGAAUAAAGUAGGAAAAUUAUUUUUCUAAAAGUCAAGCGACGAGUUUUUCCGUGUGGAAACACGAUAAAGUAACAAAUGUCAUUAAAACGUGCUUCUUUUGCGUGAAUUCAACGUUCUGAUCGCUCGCGAAUUUCAGACAAGGAAUGUGCGUGACAUAGGAAUUCGAAUCACUAUUGCUUUUUCCGCAUACCGCGAGAAUGCAUUCGCGAGUACGAAGGCGCUUGUCGGGUGCAAGGGCUUAUUAUCUAAAAAUCCGUCUCCAAAGACGUCAUGGAAUCGUGGCCUUAAGGACUGUGGGAGUAGUUGGACGCUGACGAUUUUGACGCUGUCGUCACCGUCGGCGCAAUAUUCACAUUUGUCGGUGCUACCAGGAAGAGUCUCGUAGAAAUCGUUACGCGGUGCCGCAAGUGCGCCGUCAGCUUGUCAAGAUUUACCACGAGCACCUUCUCUUGUUCCGGAGGGUUGACUCGGCAAUGCGCUCGCAUUGCGACCGCAAUCAUUGCUGCUGUAUGCUUCACGAUUUGGGCUACGAUCAGGCUAUCCACUUGACAGGAAAUUCAAAGAAUUAAAUGCAAUCAAGAGCCAUUAGUGCGAUAUUCGCGAAAUAAAUAAGUAAAACUAUCGGUCCCUGUGAAUCUUGUAGCGAGAUCUCAGAUAUAGUUGCAACUGAGUUUUUAGUUUGCCAACAAAAUACUGCAGAGAAUGUAUGCUACACCUUUAUUCGAAAGAAACUUUGAGCAGAACUUUUAAUUUUCAUGAUCUUAUUUAUUUAUAAAAAAAAUUGAUUAGAUUAAGCAAUUAACUAUUUUAAUGAUUAAUUUUAGUGAAUAUUAGUUUACUUACAUCUCGAUACACAUUUUUAUUUUUAAUGAAAAUUGCGAAAAAGUUGAUCGACGUCCGUAGCAAGCAACUAGCAAAUCGCUAGUCUGAUUGUAGCCUCGCAGACAACAAUCCAACAUUAGGCGUGUUACAUCGUUUAGCAAUUGUCGUAAAAAUCUGACGCAUGCGACGCAGCGCAUAACGUAGCAUCUCCGGCGUAAGCGACAUCCCAGUAGCGACGCAUCCGCAGCUGAAGUUAGGAAAUUUCUUUUUAAGCGAUCGGCUGCGCUACGUUCAGGAUGCAAUUAUACCACUGCGUAGAAUCAGACGAGUGAGAUGCGUAACAGAGGGCAUGUCCCUUUCGAGUAUGGCCUUAAAAAAAAAUUUUUCCGGUAAACGGAUUACUCGCGAGUAACGCGGUGCGUGGCGCGCCCAAAUGCAUUGUCAAAUGCAUUUUCGGCACGCAUCGCGCACGGUCAGUACUUACAACUAGGGAAAAGCCACAGCGUGUAAAUACAGUUUUUUCUUAGAGAAAAUACGCUAGAAAAUUGCCGGCAUCGCCAUGAUCGUCAUCCUCAACAAGCAUUCUCAUCCACACUAUUUUUGUUAUCGUUUAGUAUUAUUUCGUCGCGCUCUUAUAAAGAAAUAAGCGAAGCGGCGAAGCUCGCGAUCACUAGAGCAUUCGCUAUCCUAGUUAUUAUUGUUACUCUUGUUACUGUCGCUAGUAUGUGAUUAUACUAGUUCUACUACUAAUAAUCAAUAAAAUGCAAUUAUAGCCAUAGCUCGGCGUAGGCAGGAAGCGGAAAUGUUGGAAGCUCCUGCUAGUUUCGAGGGGAACGUUUGACAGAAUUUUUUGAUAAUUGAGGAUUUAUUUUGGUUAUCAAAAUAUAAAAAAAAGAGGGAAAAAAGUACAUUGUAGGAGUGCAAUGCUGAAAUAGAAUCCAUCUCACAAACGGCGGAACCUUGUCAUCGAGCGCGUCCCGAAUUACUCCACACGCAAGCGUUACAAUUUUUCUUGUAUUUAAGUAUUUCUCGUAACACUCUGUGGCGAUUAAUGUCAAUUUUAUCGUAAUCAACACGGACUCUCUUAAUGAGGUAGACUUUUUUUAACCCCUGAUCGUCACCCCGUAAUUCUUGGGGACUCUGCGACAUUUUUAUACGCUUACACUUCCUUCCUUCCAGAUGCAUCACAUUGCGCGGAGUACUUAAUUUAGCGUGACCUUUUUGACACUAAUAAUGAACCAUUUUUGCAUCCACACACAAAAGGGUGACAGGGUGUAAGUUCGCUUUAUUAAGAAAACGGAUAAAAAUAGAAAAACAGGAGGUUCUUUUGCGACGACGGAUAAAAAUGAUUUGGGAGUUCCCCUCGCACGGAAAAUAUUCCUCGCGGCCUUUAGUUACUUAGAUCGGGUAAAACAAAACAAAAAAAGAAGAAAAAAAGAACGUCGGACUAGUCUCUAGACGCUAGUCUCUACGCUGUUGAUUUGUUAAAGGAAAAUAAAUGUUUAUUUCUUAAAA